AUGCCCACCUCGCGUAUACGAUAUAUCUCUACGGCCUUAGGGUUGCUUUUCGCGGUCUCUGGCCACUACCAACAACUUUCCGAUGCCCCGUCAUAUAUUAACUAUCCGGGUCUGAGUGAGGCGUGCCUGACUGCCUUGAACACUACCGUCAGCUGUCCCCCGUUCCUGAACCCGGUUUCAGCCAGUAGAGAGAUUUUGGACUCCGACCUAGUGACAGAGCUCUGCGUAGACUCGUGCUAUACCUCCCUGGAUAACGCUCGCGACACGAUCCAGGAGGCUUGUACGGCAAGCUCAGACGUUAUCGUGCAUAACAAUAUCGUAUACCCCGCAACAUUUAUUAUCGACAACUACCUCUAUACUUAUAACGUCUCCUGCCGCAAAGACAGGUCCAGUGCGGCCCAGCUCAAUAACCCGCUGGGCUACGAUGCUAACCUCGCGAGUCAAUUUGCGUCCUUAACGUCGAGCUAUAACGCCACGGGGAAAUACCCGACGACAUCCCCCACGUCAUACGCCAUGAACGCGACCGCGACGACUACAAAAGCGCCAACCACCACGACACCAGUAACCAGCUAUCUCUACUGCCAGAACUUCGCAUCCGCGGUUAACUCGACCCUUUAUGUGCCGCUAGGAUGUGAGACGCGCGUUUGGCAGGCAUCAGACUCUUGCGAGUCAGUCGUCAGCACUCUGGAUAGGGUGACGGUGCCGCAGUUCCUGGCGUGGAAUCCCAACUUCAACUCCCUUUAUCAGAAUAGCGUGAACUUUGUUAACUACGUAGUGUGUGUAAGUCCACCUAGUGGCUAUCUGAAUUCCUCGACGACAGACACUGCCAACUCCCCCGGAUCCGCCCGUAGUGCGACGACGGCACUGCCCGUUCCCAUAAAUGCCAUGAACGGCUCGAAUACAGACUGUAGAUACUGGUAUACUUUCUCUCUCUCCCUCGAAGACUUCUACUUCCUGAACCUAGAGAUUGACGCCAACUGCACUAACCUAUGGCUCGGCGAAGCCUACUGCGUCGCCCCCGUAGGAACCAUCACCUCCUACUCGGGGUAUCCGGUGACCACCCCCUGGAUCUCCAUCACUUCCGCCACGUUCCCGUCGGUCACCGUAACGAUGUCGACGCCCACCACGGGAUACGUAGCUACGCGCUCCGUGAUGCCCACAGCGUCUGGCACGCUUAGCAACUACACCGAUUAUCGUAACUACGACAGCGCCAGCGAUCGCAACAACUGCAGUUACGUUGCGUUUGCUGAAGCGAUUAACCUAAGCGACUUCCUCGACUGGAACCCGAGUCUUCCGUCGACGGACUGCAUCCUGCAAGCAGGAGGCGGGAACGAUAUCGACGUGCAACUGCUUCAUACGCAUUCGAGGCUACCAGAACAGCACGUAUGGCUUCGGCUGCAGCACACUCGAAAGCGACUACCACGUUACGUUGGCCGAGCUGCUAGCGUAGAACUCGUGGAUGGGAUCCGGUUGCGACGCCGCGCUCUUCCAGAACCUGUCGACCUACGAUACCCGCGCCAUCUGCAUUGUGUGGGACCAACCCAGACGGAUACGGUCGCGGGGUGCAACGAGUUCUACACCGUAGCCGAUGGGGAUGGUUGUGACACGAUUGAAAAUGAAUUCGGUAUCACGUUUACCCAGUUCUACGCUUGGAAUCCCAGUGUCGAAGCAGGCGACUCGUGCGCGGCGAUUGAGUCCACAUACGACGUGACGUUUGCGCAGCUAUAUGCGUAG